AAAGAAAGACAGACGCAGCGUGUGGUGCGGUGUUGUUGGUUUGGUCGGCGACAGGUUAUCACAAAUAGUUUCAAUUUAAAUUAAUUCAGCAGGCAGAGCGAUAUAUAUUGGUAGUGUCUACGAUUUUUGUACCGCGUUGUUAAUAUUUCAUAAAAAUACAUGCAAGUUCAUCUGCUGUAGUAACCUUUAGUUACCCCUUACUCAGUGUACAUUAAUAACAUUUAUUUUUAAACAUGAAGCCACCAUACAAAAUCGCUGAUGAGAAACUGGCUGAACUUGGUCGCAAUGAAAUUAUGCUGGCAGAGAAGGAAAUGCCUGGACUCAUGGCUUGUCGUCGAAAGUAUGCUCCGAGCAAGAUCUUGAAGGGUGCCCGAAUUGCUGGCAGUCUCCACAUGACUGUCCAAACCGCUGUCCUCAUUGAGACUCUUAUUGAACUAGGAGCAGAAGUCCAAUGGUCAAGCAGCAACAUUUUCAGUACCCAGGAUGAAGCUGCAGCAGCUCUUGUCGCUGUUGGAAUACCCAUUUACGCUUGGAAGGGAGAAACUGAAGAGGAGUAUGUCUGGUGCAUAGAACAGACACUUGUCUUUUCGGAUGGAAAGCCAUUGAACAUGAUUUUGGAUGAUGGUGGAGAUUUAACAAAUUUGGUACAUAAAAAAUAUCCACAAUAUUUGGAAGGAAUCAAAGGACUUUCCGAAGAGACCACAACUGGUGUUCACAAUCUAUAUAAAAUGUUCAGAGAAGGUCUUCUCAAAAUUCCAGCGAUUAAUGUGAAUGACUCUGUCACUAAAAGCAAAUUUGAUAAUUUGUAUGGAUGCAGGGAAUCAUUACUGGAUGGAAUUAAAAGAGCCACAGAUAUUAUGAUUGCUGGCAAAGUGUGUGUUGUUGCUGGAUAUGGUGACGUAGGCAAAGGAUGUGCCCAAGCUUUCAAAGGAUUUGGAGGGAGAGUAAUUGUAACUGAAAUAGAUCCCAUUAAUGCACUACAAGCAGCUAUGGAAGGUUUUCAAGUAACCACUAUGGAUGAAGCUGCUGAAAUUGGUCAAAUAUUUGUUACAACAACUGGUAACAUUGACAUAAUAUGCAAGGAACAUUUUCUGAGGAUGAAAGACGAUGUUAUAGUAUGCAACAUUGGCCAUUUUGACUGUGAAGUUGAUGUAGCGUGGCUGGAAAAAAAUGCUAAAAAAGUAAACCUUAAGCCACAAGUAGAUCGUUAUGAACUCGAAAAUGGAAACCAUAUCAUUGUGUUGGCUGCUGGAAGGCUAGUUAAUUUAGGUUGUGCUACAGGCCACUCUUCUUUUGUUAUGUCAAAUUCUUUCACAAAUCAAGUAUUGGCACAAAUUGAACUUUGGACCAGACACAACCAGUACCCUGUGGGUGUGCACACUCUUCCUAAGAAGUUAGACGAGGAAGUAGCCGCCCUUCACCUUGAUCACCUUGGUGUUAAGCUGACAAAACUUACGCCUAAACAGGCUAAGUAUAUUGGUGUUUCUUUAGAUGGACCUUUUAAGCCAGAUCAUUACAGAUACUGAUUGGGUUAAAGGAACAGUUAAAUCAAUAAUUGCAUAACCUGUAUGUAUAAAGCUAAAUGAUAGUGUUACACAUGCCCAUUUGUUUGUUAUAAACUAGAACAUGUUGUUUUAUCACAACAGUUUUGUUAUUUGAUUAACAUUUUUUUCAAAGUGUGUGUUACGUUUUAGGUCUCAGAUCAUUUUUAUGUGUUAUAAAAUCUGUCUUACUAAGUUAAUCGAUUCAGUUGGAAAUUUUAUGCCUAUCUUCCCAAUAUGUGCAGCACUGUCAAUUUUACAUUUGGUUUGUUCUUGAUUAUUUUCCUUUUAUUCACAUUGAAAUAAAAUUAAGUUAAUAUCAGUGUUCCAUACCACCAAACCAAUGACUUAUAAUCUGGAGGCAUAAGAUUUCAUAAAAGCUUUAGGAAAUAAAUUUUAUCAUAACAAUAAAUAAAACAUUAAUACCCA